AUGGCCCGGAGUGGGAAUGAUGUGACUCUUGCGCUCUGGUGGCGUGACCACUUACUUAAUGGUCCGCUCCUACGUACCGCCUGUAAGUCCCCAUCAACAACCCCGAUCUGUGACGCUUACCCCGCCUCCCGUGCUUCCAUCUCAUUCCUCGAGCCUCAGCUCCCCGUUCCCAUUGAACACAUCACUAACCAUCACCAAUUGACAGUGGGAAAGACACACAAGUUCAAUGAUCGUGACCACGCCGGCCUGGCUGAUGGCACCGCCCUGCCGAUCGAGCAUCUGCCUCGUUACUUCGCCAAACAUGGCCAUGCUGAUGUAGACCCCAAGAAGACCAAGAAGAACGGUGCAGGCAAGGGUGGAUGGGGUGUUGAAGGCGAAGAAGUCCAGGAUGAAGGCUUCAAAUUGACCAAUGCCCGUCGCCGUUCCAACAGCAGCAGCUACACCUCCGGCCUGAAGGACUUCAAGACCAAGUUCGAGCAAGUUGAGCACGAUCCCGUCUUCGAGGAGGAUGUUCAUGGCCCUGGCGAGGAUGCGCAUCGAGAGGACCCGCAUGACAAGGUCGAGAGCUCCGAUAGCAGCGUCGAGGAGGAAGACAAGGCCAAGAGUGUUUAG